AUGCCUUCUCUAUACAUUAUUGCCGACACGCCGGCAGGUUAUGGUCUGUUCAAGGCCGCCGACAGGAAGCUUUUGAAGCGCGAUGAUCUCCGACAAAAACUCGCCAAUGUUGAGGCGCUGACCGAAACUCUGCGAUUAAAGUCUUUCGAAAAGUUUACCAGCCCAACUGUUGCCCUCGAAGAAGCCGCAGCUUUAGUCAACGGCAAGGUCCCCCAGACUCUUUCGGAGCUCUUGUCGAAUAUCAAGGACCCUGGUGAUUCGACCAUUGCUAUUCCCGACCCUCGCCUAUCGUCCGGCAUCCGUGCUCUUCCCGGAUUUGAGGCGGCUUCCCUUUACGCCAGCUCCUCGUCCGAUUCUAAGACGGAAGACAUUUUCAGAGCCAUCCGAGAGCACCUAGAUUCCCUCAUCCCCGAGUCUGCCUCUACCUUUGAGAAGGUUGCCCUUGGUCUCAGUCACUCGGUACACCGACACAAGUUGAAGUUCAGCGCCGACAAGGUCGAUGUCAUGGUUAUCCAGGCCGUCAAGCUUAUUGAGGACAUGGAUAAGGAGCUCAAUGUUUAUGCCAUGCGAACCCGAGAGUGGUAUGGCUGGCACUUCCCCGAAAUGGGCAAGCUCAUCAGCGACCAUGUAGCCUAUGCCAGGGUCAUUAUUACUGCUGGCCGCCGACAAGGGUUUACCGAGGCUGAUUUGACCACGGUCCUCCCCGAGGAAAUCGCCGAAGCUGUAAAGGCCGCCGCUGAGAUUAGUAUGGGUACGGACGUCAGUGAUGAGGAUUUGGAGAACGUCCAACUGCUUGCCGCGCAGGUGGUUCAGUACUCCGAGUACCGGUCCCAGAUUUCCAACUUCUUGGAGAACCGCAUGCGCGCCUUGGCCCCUAACCUCACCGCGCUUGUUGGUUGGCUCGUGGGCGCCAAGUUGAUCGCCCAUGCUGGAUCUCUGAGGAAUCUCUCCAUGUCUCCCGCAUCCACCAUCCAGAUUCUCGGCGCUGAGAAGGCUCUCUUCCGCGCCCUCAAGACCAAGCAUAAUACUCCCAAGUACGGUAUUCUAUACAACUCGUCCCUCGUCGGACAGGCGUCGCAGAAGAUGAAGGGUAAGAUUGCCCGUAUGCUUGCAGCUAAGACAGCACUUGGCCUGCGCAUUGAUGCUAUUGAGCCUUUUAUGAAGGAGGAUGAGGAGGAUGAGGCCACCCCUGCUGUGGAGCAGGACGAAGAGGAGAAGAGCCUGUUCGGUAUCACGCAGAGGACGAGGUUAGAGAACCGGCUCCGCAUGCUCGACGGAAAGCCUCUGCUUCCCAAGGGCGUUGCAGUCGGUCCUGACGGCCAGAUCAAGGGCCCUGGCCAAUUCUCUGUGAAGGAGGCUCGUGCCUACAAUGACGAGGCCGACGGCAUCACCAACGGAACCCCCAAGCCUUCUAAGAAGCCUCUGAUUGAGGAGGUCUUGGACCAGGCGAACGGCGACGCCGAGUCCGACGAUGAGAUGGACGUCGACGAUGAAAAGGACAAGAAGAAGGAGAAGAAGAAGAAGUCCAAGGAGGAAAAGUCCGAAAAGAAGUCUAAGAAGAGCAAGGGCAAGUCCGCCGAGAGCGCGGAGCCUGACUACGAGAAGCUGGCUGCCAGCGUCAACUUGUCUGUCAAGAAGUUCAAGAAGAAGCUCGAUAAGGGUGAGAUCACCAUCAACGCCGACGGCACGGCCGAAGUUAGCAAGAAGAAGGAGAAGAGCAAGUCGGGCGAGAAGCGGAAGCGCGAUGAUGACGACGAUGUUGAGCCUGAGCCCGAAGAGGGCUCCAAGAAGAAGAAGCACAAGAAGAAGAAGGGCGUCGAGGCGUAA